AUGUCAAUGACUAGUGCAAUUGAUUUUGGUCAAGAUCUUUCAUAUGAUUUUCUUAACUAUGCAUUAACAAACAAUAUAGAACUUCAAUAUCUAGCACUUGCCGCUUAUUAUAUGUUCUUAUUUAAGUUAACUAAUGGAGAAAGAGAUAUAUGUAUUGGAAUGAAUACACAUACUCGAUAUAAAGAUGAACUUAAAUCAAUCAUUGAUCGUGAUGGUUCAUUUCAUGAGCUAGUUGAAUAUGUUCAAGAAAUGGCAACAAAUUGUAUGAAAUAUUCAUAUUUUCCUCUUCAACAUAUUCUUGCACAACAUUCUGAUUGUUCAAAGCCUACAUUUCUUGAUGUGUCUUUUGAUUUUGUGACUAUUGAAAAGAAAAUAAAGAUUGGUGAUAGUGAACUUUGUAGUAUUCCAUUAUCAAUUACAAUCAAUGAAGAUGAAGAUAUGAACAAGUUUGAUUUCAUUCUUACUAUUCAAUAUGAUCUCAGCAUUAAUCAAUUCUCAUGUAUAAUUAAUGCAUCACUCGAUUUAUUCAAUCAAGAGACAAUAAAUAAGAUUUCACAACAAUUUCAUUCUAUGUUAUAUGAUUUAUCUACAUCUGUUAAUGAUAUAAUGAAAAAUAAAUCAAUCUAUGAAGUAUCAAUAAUGUUACCAAAUGAAAGAUUACUUAUACAGUCAAUGAACAAUACACAAGUAUUGUUUCCUUCUGCCACUUGUAUGCACCAUGAAUUUAUUUAUCAAGUAAUACAACAUCCACAAAAAAUAGCUGUUGAACUUGAUGAACAAUCAUUAACAUAUACAAAACUUUUAUAUUAUGUUCAACAACUUUCUUUCGUCUUAUUAAAUAAAUACAAUGUGAAAUCGAGUGAUAUUAUUUGUCAAUGUGUAGAGCGAAGUUUAUCUAUGGUCAUUGGCAUUUUAUCAAUUAUUAUGGCUGGUGGUGCCUAUUGUCCUAUAUCAUCACAAGAUCCUUCACAACGUCUACAAAUUCUUGUGAAAGAAAUUCAAAGUCAUUUAGUUCUUGUUCAUUCGUCUACACGCAUUCUUUUUG